CCCCCAAAGGAUUGUGGGUAGUCUGGCUGUCAGUGUCUGUCCUUGUGCUCUACCUUCAGCAGCGUUACUCAGCGGAGCAGCAUUAGUCAAAAUGUAUAGACAACUUAUGAGUCUUCAGCAGCUUUCCAGGCGGACCAUCGCCAGCAGUGCCCGCCGACAGCUUGAUAACACUGUGAAGCAAAAGCAAAAACUGUUUCAGGAGGAUAACGGUAUGCCCAUCCAUCUGAAGGGCGGCUCAAAGGACGCUCUGCUCUACAGAACCACAAUGGCUCUCACUGUGUUUGGGGCUGGCUAUGUUGUGUACGAGCUCAUAAGUGCUGCAAUGCCCAAGAAGCCACAAUGAAAAAGGAUUGUCCUCGUGGAUUUUAUUGUCUGAUGCAGAUGCAGAUUCUGUAUGUAAUUCAUCAACUCUCUGUUGUGCAGAUUUCAGUAUCAGUACUGAAUAUCAGUAUGUUUCAUGUUCGAAAUCAGUAUUUAUUAAUUGUACAAAUCAUGAACUGCAAAUACUAAUAAAUAUAUAUAGAUAUAUAAA